AUGGGAUUAGGGUUUGCUAUUGGAUUCGUCGGUGUUCUGAUUCUAUUUCACGCAGCUUAUUCAACCAUCCAAUAUAGGGCUUUGUUGAAAAUUACUGAAGAAGAGUUUUCUGGAUCUCCUUUGAGCGUGGUGUUCGAAUUGUCUUUAGGAUUAUUACUUUGUACUUGGGCUGCUUUGACUGUGCCUGGGAAGUUUUUGUGUAUCCACCCAGAUUCUGAAGAGAAUAGGAUUGUUUCUUUACAUUCUAACUUAGACUUCAUGAUCUUCAACCAUCGAGGCAAAAUUUUUCCUGUUGAAAUGAAUGAGAAGUUGAGACAUUGA